CCUACUCUUUGAACUCGUGAUUGUGCUUCUUUUUUGGCGACAACUCUCCCCUCCUCGUCGCGCAUUGUCUAGACCUUUGUUGGCUCGACUAUAAUACAUAUUCAUAUUCACACCUUUUUGGCAGCGUCGUCGCCCUCCCCCUUUCUGUAUUCUAUAUACUAUACCCCCUUCUCUUAAAUUGCAACAUGGGUCUCCACGAGGAUGAGGACCGCAAGUAUGCGGAGGAUGUCCAGGCUGUCCAGAACUGGUGGAAGGACUCUCGGUGGCGCUUCACCAAGCGUCCCUUCACUGCCGAGCAGAUUGUUGCUAAGCGUGGCAAUCUGACCAUCAACUACCCCUCUGGUGUGCAGGCAAAGAAGCUCUGGGGAAUUCUGGAGCAAAACUGGCAGAACAAGGAGGCUAGCUACACCUAUGGCUGCCUCGAGCCCACAAUGAUCACCCAGAUGUGCAAGUUUUUGGAUACAAUCUACGUCUCUGGCUGGCAGAGCUCGUCCACGGCCUCGUCCACUGAUGAGCCCUCUCCCGAUCUUGCGGACUACCCUAUGGACACCGUCCCUCGCAAGGUGAACCAGCUGUUCAUGGCUCAGCUCUUCCACGAUCGAAAACAGCGCGAGGAGCGCAUUACUACCCCCAAGGACCAACGCUCCAAGGUCGCCAAUGUCGACUAUCUCCGUCCCAUCAUUGCUGAUGCCGACACCGGUCACGGUGGUCUGACUGCCGUCAUGAAGUUGACCAAGCUGUUCGUCGAGCGUGGCGCGGCUGGUAUUCACAUCGAGGACCAGGCUCCCGGUACCAAGAAGUGCGGCCACAUGGCCGGUAAGGUUCUGGUCCCUAUCAGCGAGCACAUCAACCGCCUGGUUGCCAUCCGUGCCCAGGCCGAUAUCAUGGGCACUGAUCUCCUUGCCAUUGCCCGUACCGACUCCGAAGCCGCCACUCUCAUCACCUCCUCCAUCGAUCACCGUGACCACGCCUUCAUCGUCGGCUCUACCAACCCUAACCUCGAGGCCCUGAAUGACCUGAUGUUCGCUGGCGAACAGGCCGGCAAGAACGGUCCCCAGCUGCAGGCCAUUGAGGACCAGUGGACUGCUCAGGCUGGUCUCAAGCUCUUCAACGAUGCCGUCAUUGACACUAUCAAUGCUGGCUCCCACUCCGAUAAGAAGGGUCUGAUCGAGCAGUACCUCAAGGCUGCUAAGGGCAAGGGCAACAACGAGGCUCGCGCUAUUGCCAAGGGUAUCACCGGUGUUGACAUUUACUGGAACUGGGAUGCUCCCCGUACCCGUGAGGGUUACUACCGCUACCAGGGUGGCACUCAGUGCGCUGUUAACCGUGCCAUCGCCUACGCUCCUUUCGCUGAUCUGAUCUGGAUGGAGAGCAAGCUGCCCGACUACAAGCAGGCCAAGGAGUUUGCUGAUGGUGUUCACGCCGUCUGGCCCGAGCAGAAGCUCGCUUACAACCUGUCCCCCUCAUUCAACUGGAAGAAGGCCAUGCCCCGCGACGAGCAGGAGACCUACAUCAAGCGCCUCGGCCAACUGGGUUACUGCUGGCAGUUCAUCACCCUGGCCGGUCUGCACACCACCGCGCUCAUCUCCCACCAAUUCGCCAAGGCCUAUGCCCAGAACGGCAUGCGCGCCUACGGCGAGCUGGUCCAAGAGCCCGAGAUGGAGCAGGGCGUCGACGUCGUCACCCACCAGAAGUGGAGUGGUGCCAACUAUGUCGAUAACCUGCUCAAGAUGGUCUCUGGUGGUGUGAGCAGCACUGCUGCUAUGGGCAAGGGUGUGACUGAGGACCAGUUCAAGAACUAAGCGGAGUUCCAUAUACUCAACUCCGUUAUGAUCGUAUAGAGAUGAUGAGCCGUUGUAUAUCUGUUGGGAUUUCAUUGCGGCGUUUCCUUUUUUUUUUCCAAUUUCCUUUGCAGUUCUCUUUUCUUUUCAUCUUCUGUCAUGUGUGAUAUAGUCUUGACUUGACCUGAUUCCCAUCGGCAUCCCCUUGGAGAUGAGCCGAGUGUCAUGUUUUUCUUUGCAUAGUUUGAAAAUCGAAGCAUGAAUAAUUUUGAUCAAA